AUGACGGGUACCGGUCUCGCAUUGACAGCCGCGAAAUUUUCUCCACACACUUUUCUACUAGAAAAAUACCAAGACAUGGUGGCUUAUUAUCAGAAUAGCCAACCCGUGGAGCUCCCAAAUGAACUAUCCCGAAAAUGUGAAAAAUGUAUGGAUCUCUUAAAUUUGUCUGACGCACACAGAAGGUUAAUAAAACCCUUCAGUGUCUUUGGCUAUGACCUUUUCCAUGCUGGUAGCACAAGCUCUAAAUACGGUGUCCUCAUUGGAAUUCCUGUUAAUUUUACUUAUAAAUCAUUAGAAGAUGUAGAAAAGCAGGAGGUACAGGUCAAUGGAGAACCUCUAGAUUUAACAACAGAAGUAGGAAAAAAAUUAGGAGAAGCGAUACUUCUACCAGACAAAGUUAAAGAAUUUGCAAUAUGUAGAGAGAUACUUAUGGCCCAAAACAGUAAAGUAAUAUUCCAAUCGACUUUUCCCUUUCUUAGCAUCUUCUUGGUUUAUAAUAUGGCCCAAUAUCUGAACAGAAGACUUAACUUAUAUGCAGCACACGCUAAUGUAAGAAUUGUUUUGUAUACCCUACUAGGUCUUUUUGGAGUAGGUACCUACUUUUUGUGUCAAGAUAUGACAGAAGUCCAUUACGAGACAGUAGCUGAUAAGAAACUGACUGAAUUGGGAGUGGAUUUUAUAGAGAGUGGUGUUAUAUUCUAUGAAAAACUGCUCCAAAGAAACCAGGCAUUAAGGGAGUUAAUGGGAAAGGAAGGUGAAAGAAAAUAUACUAAGCUCGGUAAUGAAAAUUAUGGUAUACGCCAGCCACAUUUAGCUCUGGUCCAUAGGAAACAGUUUUUUGAAGAAAAGUUAAAAGAAGUUCAAAACUCAGGUCAAAAUGAGAGUGAAGAAUUCAGUGAGGGUGUUCAAGAAAAUUUAUAA